UGAUACGACUGUUAUAUCACGUUACGCCAGAUUUGGGACCUUUCCUUUAAGUAUUUACUAUUUAUAUAUUGGAUCUCUUCUAUUCUCUACUUGUAAAACUGGGUAUUCAGAGAGAGAGAGACUUUCACCGGGUCCGGUCAUCCCACUUUCUAAAGCAUUAAGCACAUAAUACUAGAGCCACAAUGUCUUUAGAUUCAAAGAAGAACUCUUAUCUAGAUCUUGUGAAGGCUUGUGAUAAGUAAGUCAUAUAUCAUUCUACCUUAAUAGCUUGUAUAUAAUACUUACUACUUACGUCCCAGCUUCCCAUACGAUACAGACAUCGACAAGCUGUACAAACUUUAUCUCCCAGACGAUAGUCGAAUCCAUGGAUAUAUGCUUCCUGAAAUUGUCUCCAGGAUGCCAUGGUCUCCCGAUUUCACCAUCACCCAAGAUCAACCAUUAAGUGUCCAACUGCAUCCCAUGAAUAUCACAAGCGAAGAUUUCUCAACCGUUUGCAAUAAUGCAUUUGCAAAGGUUAUCAAUGAAGCAAUCGAUAAAGAUCUUUUCAGUACCCUCCACAGAGAACACAGUGAACCAUAUGCUAUUCCAGGAGCAAAAGAACCCGUACAACUCGAACGUUAUGCCGCUUCUCUAUUCGGUACCGUGGCAAGGGGUGCACAUCUCACAAUCUUCACACAUGUGAAUGGAGAAAUGAAAAUCUGGGUCGCGAAAAGAAGUGCACAUCUAUUUUCAUAUCCCGGCAAAUUCGACACGACGGUUGCAGGAGGUGUACGUGCAGAUGAAUCACCUUUCGAAACAAUCGUUCAUGAAGCAGACGAAGAAGCAUCUCUCGACUCUGCACUAAUCCGCUCAAAUGUACACUCCACAGGUGUCAUUACAUACAUGAAAUCGACCGGCUCCGGAUCCGGCGGUAUCAAGGGAUUAAUCACCGCAGAUAUGGUAUACGUGUACGAUCUCGAAGUUGGGGAAGACACAGUACCAAAACCACGUGAUGAUGAAGUUGAGGGGUUCUAUUUAUGGGAUGUGCAGAAGAUCAAGGAGGAAUUGUUGAAUGGAGGUUUUAAGACUAAUAGUGCGGUGGUCAUGAUUGAUUUUUUUAUUAGACAUGGGAUUAUUACGCCGGAGAAUGAAUGUGAUUAUACGGAUAUUGUUAUGAGGAUGCAUAGGAAUUUACCGUUUCCGACGGCGCCGUCGAGUUAGGGUUUUUAUUGUGGGUUGUUGGUUAUAAAGAGAGGGAUUUUUGGGGUUCGUUUUAGUUUGCUUGAUAUAUGGUUUAGAAUGAUUGCUUGAAGGGUCCGGGAGAUAACGAGGUAUAUUAGAUAGAUAAGAUUCAUCACCCUC